AUGUCGCUCAAUUUGAUGGGCCAACAGGGCGCAUUUGCUGGCAGGCCCGUUGGUGUGGCAUCUAGAUCAGUCUUGUCACGGCACCGCAAGGUGCGAUGCCAAGCGGGAGCCCCUUACAAGGUGCUGGCGGCGCUGGGAGGUCCCCCGCAUGCGGCACACACCCUUGCACGUGCUGCGGGCCUGCCUACCCGCACCACCCUCGGCCCCGCUCUCGCGCCACGCCGCCGCCGUGCUGUGAGCCUGCUGUGCCGUGCGGAUGGUGGUCAGUCGGAGGGCGCCUCAGCAGCACCCACGGCCAUGGUUAGGGGGGAGGAGAAGGAGGAGGGGAAUGAGGGGGCGGAGGGGAAGCAGAUCGAAGGGUCGAAGGGCAACGGCGCGGCGCCUGCUGGUGUGAAGACCGAAAACGGCUCGGAGGCAUUCCCGACGGCGCUUCUGGAAGCUGCCGAGCUGCCGUACUCCGCCCCCACUGACAAGGACAUGUUCUGGACCCGCUUCAAGUUGGCGUUCGCGCUGCCGUGGCGCCGUUUCAAAAAGGAUUCCGUACUCACUUUCACGCUCGAGGGCGAGAUCAGCGACCAGUCCCGCGGCUUCUUCGACUCGGGGCUGUCCCUCCCGGCGGUUUGCAGCUGCCUGCGCAAGGCCGCUCUGGACCCCCGAGUGCAAGGAGUGGCCAUCGAGAUUGGGCCGCUGGGCAUCGGGUGGGCCAAGGUGCAGGAAAUCAAGCGGCACAUCGACUACUUCCGCGCCUCCGGCAAGUACGUGGUCGCCUGGAUGAAGCAGGGUGCGGAGAAGGAGUACUACCUGGCCACAGCCUGCUCGGAGAUAUACGCACCGCCCACCGCGUACCUGAGCCUGCGGGGCUUCGUAACGGGGGGUACUUUCCUUCGCGGCGUGCUGGAUAAGGUGGGGGUGGAGCCGCAGGUACGGCGCAUCGGGUCGUACAAGAGCGCGGGGGACCAGCUGCUGAGGCAGGACAUGUCUCCGGAGCAGCAGGAGCAGCUGACCGACCUACAGGAUGAUGUGAUAGACGAGUUUCUCCUUCAGGUGUCGACAGCUCGCGGCAAGACCACGAAAGAAGUCAAGGAGUUCAUUCAUGAGGGUGUGUACGACAUGCAGAAGUUCAAAUCGGGUGGCUGGAUUACGGAUCUAUGGUACGAAGACGAGCUGUUGACCGAGCUGAAGAUGAGGACCACGGGUCUGCGGCCCCGCGACGGCGAAAGUGAGAAGGAGAAGGAGAAGCGGGAGAAGGCGCUGGCGGCGCCGCUCCGCCGCGUCGGCCUGCGGAAGUACUCGGCCGUCAGCCCCACCGCAUUCGGGCUGGCGGGGGGAAAAAAGCGGAUUGCCGUACUGAGAACGGCGGGCGCCAUUGUGGGCAAGUCCUCUGGCGCCGCCAUUACCCCCGACGGCGUCAUUCCCAAGCUACGUGCCUUGGCCAAGGACAAGUCGGUUGCAGCGGUUGUACUGCGAAUUGACUCCCCCGGCGGCGACGCCCUGUCGGCGGACCUGAUGUGGCGGGAAAUACGGCAACUGGAUGCCGUAAAACCCGUCAUUGCGUCCAUGGCUGACGUGGCAGCCAGCGGCGGUUAUUACAUGGCUAUGGCGGCGAGGGCCAUCGUCGCCGAGCCACUCACCAUCACGGGCUCCAUCGGGGUGGUCACCGGGAAGUUCAAUCUGUCGGAGCUGUACUGCAAGAUCGGCUAUAACAAGGUACUGCUCAGCUGGGGCCGUUACGCCCUCCUGUUGUCGGAUAUCAAGGGCUUCAACGAGGAGGAGGAGAAGUUGUUCGACGCCUCCGCCCAGCACGCGUAUGAGUCCUUCCGCAACAAGGCGGCCUUGUCCCGGGGGAUGGAGCCGGAGGUGAUGGAGGAGGUGGCGCAAGGCCGAGUGUGGUCGGGACUAGCUGCUAAGGAGGUCGAGCUUGUGGACGCCGUGGGCGGUAUCCACAAAGCCAUUUCCCUGGCUCGCCACGCCGCGGGGAUACCGGAGGGGGAGCGGGUGACGGUGAUGGAGCUGGGCCGUGUCAAACCCUCACCCGCGGCAUUGCUAGGUGGCGGUGCUCUGCUGGGAGCAGUGCUAAUGGGACUUCUGCGCGGCCAGUCGCCGGCACAAGCUGUGGCAGCAGCCACCGGCGCCGCCGCCGUCGGUCUCAGCCCCUUCAACGCGGUGGCCUCGGUGGCGUCAACAGGCUCGGCCCUACCCGCCCUCGGCUCCGUGGCUCAGCAGGCCGCUACGCUGGCGUCGGUGCUACAGCCGGGUCGUUGCGCUUACCUGCUGACGGAGGUGGAUCCGCUGACGGUGGGCUGCAGCAGCAGUACGGCGGUGGCAGCAGGGCUGAGCGGCGGUGAUGCCGUGUUGUCUGGGUCGACGCCAGAGGACACGUUCCUGUCCGAGGGCUUGUAG